CUGCCUCAAGGAUGGGAUGCGCAACAAGGAGACCCUGGAGGGCCGCGAGAAGGGCUUCGUGGCCGCCUUCCAGGAGAGCCUGCACUCCGUCAGCCGCGACCUGGGUGAACUGGAGCGUCUGAGCAACCUUGUUGGUAAACCCUCAGAGAACCACCCCCUGCACAACAGUGGGCUGCUGAGCCUUGAUCCUGUGCAGGACAAAACUCCUCUUUACAGCCAACUUCUGCAAGCCUACAAAUGGUCAAACAAGCUGCAGUACCAUGCCGGGCUGGCAUCUGGCCUGUUGAAUCAGCAGUCCCUGAAACGUUCGGCCAACCAGAUGGGAGUAUCUGCAAAGCGCAGACCGAAAGCUCAGCCAACAACUCUUGUCUUACCUCCUCAAUAUGUCGAUGAUGUGAUCAAUCGGAUUGAUAGGAUGUUCCCUGAAAUGUCUAUCCAGCUAUCCCGGCCAAAUGGAACCUCUGCAAUGCUUCUG